AUGAAUCUCUUCCAGAGGAACGUCCAUUCGCAGCGGCUCCACCCUUCACGCCCCAUCGCAGCCAACCACGUACACCGCCCACUCCCGCCCACUCUGCUUUGCUCCGGUUCAGUGGUGCAGGUGGAGAGGCCUGACCUACAAUCUGUGGUGAUGAAUGACUCUAGUUGCGCUGACCUUUUUGGAGCAAAGAGGGGGAUAACCAUAACGUGCACCCGUAUCAAAGUCUCCAAUGCAUGUGUAAGAGGACCCAGCCAUGCAGAUAACAAGUGCAGGGUCAGGACUGCGGUGGCGGGUCUGUCCGACCCCUGCUCAGUGGUCUCGGCAGCACUGGAGCUACAGCUUGAUGAAGAGCAGCCAGCGGGGACAAUAGUCGGUGACAUAAGUGCCGGGCUACCUCCUGGAGAAACUGCCACUCUCUAUUUCAUCUCAGAUCAUGAAGGGACUGGCGUUGGCAGCGACCUUUACAUUGACGAAACUACGGGCAUUAUCACCACAACGAAGAGUCUUGAUCGAGAGCAGAGAGACCACUAUAGCUUCAUCGCUGUGACUAUGACAGGAACAACUAUUGAAGUUUCCAUUUCUGUCAAUGACAUUAACGACCACGCGCCUGUGUUUGCCAAAAAGAAAGUCGUUCUCAAGAUACCUGAGCAUACUCAAGUCGGGACGAGAUUCCAUCUAGAGCCGGCGGUGGAUGCAGACAAGGACCAGUUGACCACGCAAGGAUAUACCAUCAGAGAAGGCAACGUGGGCCAAGCUUUUCGCCUGGAGACCAAGAGAAGUGCGAACAAGGUGUUGAACUUGGACUUAGUGGUCAAUGGGCCUCUAGACAGGGAGAAGCGGUCAACAUAUUUGCUUGUUUUGGAGGCGUAUGAUGGUGGAUCGCCUAAAAGAAUGGGAUCUAUGAGUUUGGAAGUUACCAUAACAGAUAUCAACGAUCAUGCCCCGGCUUUCAACCAAAGUCGAUAUCAUGCAAUCAUCUCGGAAAAUCUUCAGCAAGGAAGCAGCAUCCUACAGGUAUUUGCAACCGAUGAGGACGAAGGCGAUAAUGGCCUGGUGCUGUAUGAAAUUAACAGGCGUCAGAGCGACCCAGACAGAUAUUUUGUGAUGGAUACGAAGUCUGGAGUCAUCACGCUCAAUAGACCCCUGGAUUAUGAGCUGAAGAGAGUGCAUGAGCUGGUGGUGCAGGCGCGGGACAAUGCCAGCCAACCCGAGGCGACCAAUGCCUUUGUGACCAUCCAUGUCCGUGACUACAACGACAACCAGCCCACCAUGACCAUCAUCUUCUUGAGUGAGGACGGCAAUCCUCGGAUCUCGGAGGGGGCCCAGCCAGGACAGUACGUGGCCCGCAUCUCUGUCACUGACCCAGACUACGGCGAGUACGCCAACGUCAACGUGUCUCUGGAGGGUGGAGACGGGAAGUUCGCUCUGACCACUAAAGACAGCAUCAUCUACCUGAUCUAUGUGGACCAGCAGCUGGACCGAGAGGAGAGAGACUCGUAUGACCUGCGGGUGAUGGCAACGGACUCAGGAAGUCCUCCUCUCAGAGCAGAGUCUUCCUUCACAAUAGAGGUAAUGGACGUCAAUGACAACCCUCCUCUAUUUGACCAACAAGCCUACAAACAAACGAUCCCAGAAGUGGUCUACCCGGGCUCCUUUGUUCUCCAAGUCACGGCUCGAGACAAAGACCAGGGCCCGAAUGGGGACAUACGAUACAGCCUCCUCAAAGGCAAAAACUCACACUCUGAUUGGUUCACCAUCGAUCCUGUUACUGGGAUCAUAACUACGGCCACGGUGCUGGAUUUUGAGUCUGAACCGGCUCCUAGUAUCACCGUUGUGGCGACCGACAGCGGAAGGCCUCCUCUGUCCUCUACGGCCAAAGUGGACAUUGUACUUCAGGAUGUAAAUGACAACACGCCUGUUUUCUCCAGUAACUUUUACAAUGCUUCCAUAAAAGAGAACACCUCGGCCGGGACCUGCUUCUUAGAGGUAAGACUGAUUUUCAACUAUUUCAUCUCCAACCUCUCUCCACACUGA